UGGAGCCUUCUUUAGCCGCUUAUUUGGCUCCGUCUCACAACCAGGGUGUGAGCGGGCCCACCCUGCUCCCUGCAGAUUCUCUUCGGCACAGCUGGAGAAAAUCUACAAAGCCCAAGGUAACACCACCCAUGCGCUGAGCUCCGUCACCAUGCUUCAGACCUACCAGGCCAUGGCCUUGGCUGAACUGGCGGCUCAGAUGCCGCAGGAAAACCCCCUUUUACCCCUGCUGAACGAGAUCAGACUGGCGUCAGACCACAUCCUGCGUGUGUCCCGCUGUGCAGCGUUGGCUCUGGGGAAAGGAAUGGCUUCUACUGUGGUGGCGCAGAGGCACCUGUGGCUAAUGCUCUCAGACGUUCCCGACAAGGACAGAGCGGCCUACUUGGAUGAACCGAUAACGYCUACAAGACUGUUUGGUCAAGCGCUUGACGUCAUCCAAACCAAAUUUGAACAGAGGAAGAAGCGGGCUGAGGCACUUCGCUGCAUCAUCCCCAGAUGCGACGCGAGGCCCAAGGCCCCGAGCACAUCCAGGUCUGCGUCUCAUCCUCCUCCGUUCAAGAAGGAGGUGACGCCCGGGACUUCAAAGGCCCAGCCCGCCGAACCUUCCAGCAAGCCGCAGCCUCCCCGUCAAUCGGCAUGGAGCAAAGGCCCCCUCCGAGACAGCAGGACAGUUCAACGGCUCGGAAGAAGAAGUCAAAGUCCUCCUAAGAGCAGGACUGUCUUCACAGGGACUUCAAAAACAGAGAGACAAUGUUCAGCUGCAGUUGAAAAGACAUUUAAAUGUUUGUGUUUCAGAAAACGGCCCCAAGAGGCGUCGGGUUUCAAAUGUUCAGUCUCCUCUGUUAAUGUACCGAAAAUCUUUGUGCACAAAUGAACACAAUAAGCUGCGGGCGACAGUCAAUAAUGUUGUCCCUUCCCCAUCCAGUGGAAGGCAGCAGCGACACGUCUCCAACAGGAAGGCAAGUCAGUCGCUUAGCAACACGACUCCCUCUCUGGCGCGCAUGCGCACCCUCUCCAUGGGUACAAAGAACUGUUGCUAUGGGUUACAGGCUGCAGUUCCGCGUCAGGCCGCCUCGCUUUCGGGCCAUUGUAAACAMAGUGAUGACAAACGAGGCAGCCGCCAUUUUAAGAGAGGAAAUUUGCACGUUGCUAACAAAGAGAGCUAUUCGAGUGGUUCCAGUUGCAGAAACACAAAAUGGUCUGUACAGCCGUUAUUUUCUUGUUCCGAAGAAAGGGGGCGGCCUGCCGCCUAUUUUGGAUCUGAGAGUGUUAAACCGGUACCUUCAAACAUACAGGUUYAAAAUGUUAACGCUCAAACAGCUAAUUCACUCGAUCAGCCCGGGCGAUUGGUUUGCGACCAUCGAUAUUACAGAUGCCUAUUUUCACAAAGCGAUUCACCCGGAGCACAGAAAAUAUCUCAGGUUCGCCUUCAAGGAUGUAGCCUACGAGUAUCUGGUGCUACCGUUCGGUCUACCGCUAGCUCCUCGCACCUUUUCAAAAGUGUGUAGAAGCUGCGUUGACUCCCCUCAGGGAAAGGGGGGUCCGUCUGUUAGCAUAUUUAGAUGACUGGGCUCUGAUCGCAAGCUCCAAGGAGCAAACAUUAGAUCAGCUGUCUCAGGUUCUGUCACACAUUCAGGCUUUAGGGUUUUUAGUAAACACCCAGAAAAGUCYAUUAACACCAAGUCAGCAGUUUUCGUUCCUCGGACUAGAAAUCUGCUCCUUGUCAAGCAGGGCAUCACCUCUCAGAAAACAGAGCGGCCGCAUUUCACCACUGCUUAGCUCAGUUUCAACUGGGACGCAAACUGAGCUUCAAAACYGUACUACAGUUACUGGGAAUGAUGGCUUCCAUGAUUUCACUAGUACCACUCGG